CAAGACUCCCGCCCUUCUCGCAGACGGCGGCCGAGAGUGGUAAUCGAGAGGGGCCUAAGGGGCCCUGUGUCCCCCACCGGGCCCCGUAGUUUUGCGUUGUGUUUCCUCUUGUGCCCCUGCUCCUUCGACCCGCGAAAUGGGGUUCCUCAAGCUGAUCGAGAUCGAGAAUUUCAAAUCGUACAAAGGGCGGCAAAUCAUCGGGCCCUUCCAGAGCUUCACGGCCAUCAUCGGGCCCAAUGGAUCCGGGAAAUCAAACCUCAUGGAUGCUAUCAGUUUUGUGCUUGGUGAGAAGACCAGUAAUUUGAGAGUGAAGACCUUACGGGACUUGAUCCAUGGGGCUCCUGUGGGAAAGCCAGCUGCCAAUCGAGCAUUUGUCAGCAUGGUCUAUUCUGAAGAAAAUGUUGAAGAUCGCACCUUUGCAAGGGUCAUUGUUGGAGGCUCAUCAGAGUACAAAAUAAACAACAAAGUGGUCCAACUGAGUGAAUACAGUGAAGAGCUGGAGAAACUGGGCAUUCUUAUCAAAGCUAGGAACUUCCUAGUCUUCCAGGGCGCAGUGGAAUCGAUUGCUAUGAAGAACCCUAAGGAGCGCACAGCCCUCUUUGAGGAAAUCAGCCGCUCGGGAGAGUUGGCUCAGGAGUAUGACAAGCGGAAGAAGGAGAUGGUGAAGGCUGAGGAAGACACUCAGUUCAAUUACCAUCGCAAGAAGAACAUUGCAGCUGAGCGUAAGGAGGCUAAGCAAGAGAAAGAAGAGGCGGACCGGUACCAGCGCCUGAAGGAUGAGGUAGUGCGAGCGCAAGUGCAGUUGCAACUCUUCAAGUUGUACCACAAUGAAGCUGAAAUUGAAAAGCUGAACCGAGAGUUGGGUUCCAAGAACAAAGAGAUUGAUAAGGACAAGAGGCGAAUGGACAAGGUGGAGGAGGAGCUCAAGGACAAGAAGAAGGAGCUGGGCAAAGUGAUGAGAGAGCAGCAGCAAAUUGAGAAGGAGAUCAAGGAAAAAGAUUCCGACCUGAACCAGAAGCGUCCCCAAUACAUUAAGGCCAAGGAGAAUACAUCUCACAAGAUCAAAAAGCUGGAAGCUGCCAAGAAAUCCCUGCAGAAUGCCCAGAAACAGUACAAGAAGCGCAAAGGUGACAUGGAUGAGCUGGAGAAAGAGAUGAUAUCUGUGGAGAAAGCCCGGCAGGAGUUUGAGGAGCUCAUGGAAAAGGAGAGCCAGAGCCAAGGAAGGGAUCUCACGCUGGAGGAGAAUCAGGUCAAGAAAUAUCACCGGCUGAAGGAGGAGGCCAGCAAAAGGGCAGCCACCUUGGCCCAGGAGCUGGAGAAAUUCAACCGUGACCAGAAGGCAGAUCAGGACCGGCUGGAUCUGGAGGAGAGGAAGAAAAUAGAAACAGAGGCCAAGAUCAAGCAGAAAUUGAGGGAGAUUGAAGAGAACCAGAAGCGCAUUGAGAAGCUGGAGGAGUACAUUGCCACCAGCAAGCAGUCCUUGGAAGAACAAAAGAAGCUGGAAGGGGAGCUGACAGAGGAAGUGGAGAUGGCAAAGCGCCGAAUUGAUGAAAUCAACAAGGAGCUGAACCAGGUCAUGGAGCAACUGGGGGAUGCCCGGAUUGAUCGGCAGGAGAGCAGCCGGCAGCAGCGCAAGGCUGAGAUAAUGGAAAGCAUCAAGCGCCUCUACCCUGGCUCUGUGUACGGCCGUCUAAUUGACCUUUGCCAACCCACUCAGAAAAAGUAUCAGAUAGCUGUCACCAAAGUAUUGGGAAAGAACAUGGAUGCCAUCAUAGUUGACUCGGAGAAGACUGGCCGAGAUUGCAUCCAGUACAUUAAGGAACAGCGAGGGGAGCCUGAGACGUUCCUGCCCCUGGACUACCUUGAGGUGAAGCCCACAGAUGAAAAGCUCCGGGAGUUGAAGGGAGCCAAGCUGGUGAUUGAUGUCAUCCGCUAUGAGCCUCCUCACAUUAAAAAGGCCCUGCAGUAUGCUUGUGGGAAUGCCCUUGUGUGUGACAAUGUAGAGGAUGCCCGUCGCAUCGCCUUUGGGGGGCACCAGCGUCACAAGACUGUUGCUCUUGAUGGAACCCUUUUCCAGAAGUCAGGAGUCAUUUCAGGAGGUGCCAGCGACCUAAAAGCCAAAGCCAGGCGCUGGGAUGAAAAGGCUGUGGACAAACUGAAAGAGAAGAAAGAGAAACUGACAGAGGAGUUAAAGGAGCAAAUGAAGGCCAAGCGGAAGGAGGCAGAGCUGCGCCAAGUCCAAUCCCAGGCUCACGGCUUGCAGAUGAGGCUGAAAUACUCCCAGAGUGACUUGGAGCAAACCAAGACCCGCCAUCUGGCUCUCAAUCUCCAGGAAAAAUCGAAGCUGGAAAGUGAACUGGCUAAUUUUGGACCCCGUAUCAAUGACAUCAAGCGCAUCAUACAGGGAAGAGAGCGUGAGAUGAAGGACCUCAAGGAGAAGAUGAACCAGGUAGAAGAUGAGGUGUUUGAGGAGUUCUGCAAGGAGAUUGGAGUAAGAAACAUCAGGGAGUUCGAAGAAGAGAAGGUGAAACGCCAAAAUGAGAUUGCCAAGAAAAGGCUGGAGUUUGAGAAUCAGAAGACUCGCCUGGGCAUCCAGUUGGACUAUGAGAAGAACCAACUGAAAGAAGAUCAGGACAAAGUGCACAUGUGGGAGCAAACAGUCAAGAAGGAUGACACAGAAAUAGAAAAGCUCAAGAAGGAGGAGCAAAGGCACAUGAAGAUAAUUGAUGAGACCAUGGCACAGUUGCAGGACCUGAAGAAUCAGCAUUUGGCCAAAAAAUCUGAAGUAAAUGACAAGAACCAUGAAAUGGAAGAGAUCCGCAAGAAGCUAGGGGGAGCCAACAAGGAGAUGACACACCUGCAGAAGGAAGUGACAGCCAUUGAGACCAAGCUGGAACAGAAGCGCAGUGACCGUCACAACUUGCUGCAAGCGUGCAAGAUGCAAGACAUCAAGCUGCCCCUCGCCAAAGGCACAAUGGAUGAUAUCAGCCAGGAGGAGGGUGGCUCCCAGUCAGAGGAGACAGCCAGCAGCUCCCAGAGGACCUCCAACAUGUAUGCCCGAGAAGCCCUCAUUGAGAUAGACUAUAGCGACCUCUCUGAAGACAUGAAGGAUGUCCAGGCUGAAGAUGAGAUUAAGCAGGAGAUGAACCAGCUGCAGCAGAAGCUGAAUGAACAGCAAAGCAUCUUGCAACGAAUUGCCGCACCAAACAUGAAGGCUAUGGAGAAGCUGGAGAGUGUGCGGGAUAAGUUCCAGGAGACUUCUGAUGAAUUUGAGGCUGCUCGGAAACGUGCCAAGAAAGCCAAGCAGGCCUUUGAGCAGAUCAAAAAGGAGCGCUUUGACCGCUUCAACUCCUGCUUUGAGUCUGUGGCCACCAAUAUCGAUGAGAUCUACAAAGCUCUGUCCCGAAACAGUAGUGCCCAGGCCUUCCUGGGCCCUGAGAACCCUGAGGAGCCCUACCUGGAUGGCAUCAAUUACAACUGCGUAGCCCCUGGCAAGCGUUUCCGGCCCAUGGACAACCUCUCUGGUGGGGAGAAGACGGUGGCAGCCUUAGCUUUGCUCUUUGCCAUUCACAGCUACAAACCAGCUCCGUUUUUUGUCCUGGAUGAGAUUGAUGCAGCUUUGGACAACACCAACAUUGGAAAGGUGGCCAAUUACAUCAAGGAGCAAUCUACCUGCAACUUCCAGGCCAUUGUUAUUUCCUUGAAGGAGGAAUUUUACACCAAGGCUGAGAGUCUUAUUGGUGUCUACCCUGAGCAAGGAGACUGUGUCAUCAGCAAGGUCCUGACUUUUGACCUCACCAAGUAUCCUGAUGCCAAUCCAAACCCUAAUGAUCAGUAGAGGGAGAAGAACCUGGAUUCCAGUGCUCAGCAUUUUACAAACUUUUCUUCCUCACCCUUUCUCACUUUUAUCCUCCCAGGGACCGUUAUUGUCCUCGGUCCUUUAUGAUAAAUAGAAUCUAUAGUGAAUUGUGGGCAAGGGGGAGAGCAAAAAUAUUUAAAGGCACAAGGGCUUUAUUGAUAGUGAUGUAGGACCAUUUUUGUGUCUGCAGUGGCAAAAUUGUCUCCCCAUUAAGCCCAUCUCUUUUCCAGACCUUCCCCAUUUGUUUUUUCAAUGCAGCAUCUCUGAUCGCUGCUGGCGGAAGAAAAAGGAGGAAAUGUAGUUCCUCCUAUGCAAUUUAAAUUGCUUUUAAAACAUUUUCUAGGACCAAAAUCAUGUUGGUUGGACGAGAUUUUUCUCGUGCCAAGCUCUCACCUAUUCAAGGUGGGGUUCUAAAUGUUGUUUCCCCCCCUUCUUAAUAUAAUGUGUAUGUUUGUGUGCAUAAUUGAAAUUAAAGUAUUCUACUUCCA